GCUGUCAAAGCAAUGUCAAAACUUAUCAAAAUAAUAAAAGAAUUUAUUAUUGUACAGUGUUAAAUUAGUAUUAUAAAAUAAUUCUGUUACUUACAAUAACUAGCCACUUAUUGGCAUUAACUUCCAAGUUUCAUUUCUACCUGAGUUAUGUUAUAUAACAUGUCAAAACAAUAACUAAAUAGAAAGUCGCCAAUAAUAAAAUGAUUUACAAGUGGUGGCACAGGUGGGUUCGUAAGAAGACCAAUCCUAUCCCUGUCGAUCAAGCCUUUCUAUGGAAGCGGCGUUUCAGUAUAGCUUACGGUCUGCUGGCAUGGAAUGCUCUUGGUAUAGUGCUGUACUGUAUGGUACAAGGAAAAACGGACUGGGCCCAUUACUAUGGUCUUAAAUCAGACGAAGAACAUGACAUGCCCCCAGCGAGAGCAUGGGCUAACACACUUGGAAUAAAAAAUGCUAAAGUAUAUAGAGUUGCAGGGUUUAAAAAAGUAGAUGAAUAUGAAAUUGUGGAGGGAGAAGAGGUGAGAACAAAAAAACCGGAAAAUUCUACUGAAUCAGAACUGUUAACAGAAUUGAAAUGUUAGUUGGUAUUCAAAAAUAAUAUAAAUAAAUAAAAUAGUUCCUUAUUUAUUAUAAA